AUUGGGCGGCGUCGCCAAUCUUCGUCAGACCCACCGUCGCCAUGGGUGUCCUGUCGAAGCAAGCGCUGGAAGGUAUUGCCGCGUACAAGUACAAGGCUGGGUCGUACACGUUCUUGGACCUCCAGUUGAACCACUUCUGGAAUGCGAUGGUCGAGUUCUUGCCGUUGUGGAUGGCUCCAAACCUUGUGACAUUGACAGGCACGAUUAUUGUGGUCUUUACGACUGCCCUCUUGCUUGUGAUCAGUCCCAAGUUGGAAGGCGGUGCUCCAGGCUGGGCUUAUGUGCUGAGUGGGGUUGGUCUGUUUGUGUACCAAACGUUGGAUGCCAUCGACGGCAAGCAGGCGCGCCGCACGGGGUCGUCGAGUCCUCUUGGACAACUCUUUGAUCACGGGUGCGACGCGUUGAGUGCGAUGCUCAACUGCCUCACCGCUUUCGUUGCCUUCCGCGCGGGCAACUCGACCUACACAUUUGCUGGGCUGUCGAGCGUAUCGAUCAACUUCUUUUUUGCGCAAUGGGACGAGUACCACACCGGCACGAUGAGCUGCGGUAAUGGUUACUAUGGCGUCACGGAAGGCCAGCUCACUUUGAUCGGGUGCCUUUUGCUCACAGCCGCCGUCGGUGACGACAUGUGGCUUGUUGAACCGCUCCCGUUUGCAUCCAUUACGUGCGGCCAGUUGUUCAUUUCGACCUGCUUUGCCAGCAAUGUCGUGCUGGUCUACGCCAAUAUCAAGAACGUGUUCUCGGCAGCGCCAUUGGCGGGCGACCAAGUGGGCCACAAGGAGCUCACUCGCGGCCAUGCGAUGGUCCAACUGAUCCCCGUCGUCGCAGUCCUUGUCGGCGGGUGCUUCACGAUGCUUGUUGGCCCGACACGUGAUGUGUAUUUGUCCCAUCCCCUCGUCCUCAUGUGGCCAUUCGGACUCAACUUUGUGCUCAUGUCGUCGCGCAUGAUUGUGUGCCACAUGUCGAAAGUCCCGUUCUCGAUGCAAAGUCGCAUCCUGGUCCCACUCGCCAUGUUCUUGGCUGUCGUGUACGCGCCGGACCUUGUGGACGUGGCGAUCGCGACGCCGCUGGUGGCGUCCCUUGUGUACGCCGCAAUUGUGACGGCUGUAUACGUGCACUACAUUCUGUCGGCAGUGUUUGAGAUUUGCGCGCAUUUGAAGAUCGACCUCUUGACGCUGCCUGCCAAAAAGUCCGAGUAAACCAUGUAGAAAAUAGAUACAGAACUGUGUUGCCUAGCUGCCCAUCCCUGGUUUGUCUUGGAAGAUAGCUAUCGGGAGAAAUUGAGAAUACUUUGGGAUUGCCCACGGCGUGGACAGCCGCCACCAGAGCGAAUGGACAUUUUCGUCAUA